CGGACUUGUUGGCUAGGGCAGAUGCUAAAGCGAAGGUUCAUCUAGAAAAAAACACCCGUACGGACGCCGUACGGAUACUUACGUCUUGGAGACUAAUAAUGAGCUGAGGGUUCGGGUUCGUAAUGGGGGAGCUGAUGGGUGGUGGUGGUGGUGGAUGCAUGGAUGGACCGGAGCUCUCCAAGUCGUGUGCCGGGACUCCUCAAGCAGCCAAACAGCUAGGUACGUCUAAAUCGCAUUUGCAAUUGCAUUUCCACAAGAUUGGAGAGCUGCAGUGGGGGGACUCGGCCCAGCUUUCGAGGAACGAGGUCAAAAGGAGGAGGGUGAAUGGCACCCGAGUUUAGGCGGGCGCAAAAGCCACAGAAAAGCCUCGUUUGCGUCCUAGGAGGAUUUCCCGAACGCCUCCUUGGGUCUCUAUCGGCGACUCGGUUUUCUGGUCAGGGUACCACACCAACGGAUUUUCGACGCCAACGCCAAAAGAAGCCAAAAUCACGUCGAGAUCUCCUCGAGGCUCGCCCCCCGUGGUCCCCGCCCGUCCGGUCUACUCUGAGUCUCUGUGCCCAUCGCUCCGACUGGCCAACUAGGCCAACUGUCACUUUGCCAGAUCAAAUAGCGGCGGUAUUAGACUUCGGCCGGGCCGGGUCUACGCGUCCACAAACCAACAGCUACCUCGGUUUGCUCAUGGUUGCUUCCAUCCAUGCGGCGCAAGCAAGACGUAUCCGUACUCACAGACUCUACGAGUCCAGAGGGAAGAGGGAAAAGGGUGUGGUGUCGCUCGCAAGCGUCCGGGCUUAUCCCAACGCAGCUUUACAUGUGUGUCUGUUUGCCGCUGCUCCCUACUUACUCCCUACUGUCUGUACAGUGUAAUGGAAGGUAGAAUAUCUCGUAGAUUAACUUGCCAAU